AUGUCAACCGUCUCCAACGACGCGCUGCCACAGACCCCUACAGCAGGGUCCCAGGGUAGCAAAGCCUAUGCUGCCCACUUAGCCACCAUGGAGGAGAUAGUCUCUCAACUGAAAUACCUUCCAAUCAUUGAGAAGCGCCUUCACCAGUACUACUCUUUCAAGCAAAAUGCACUUGUACCGAAGCCAGUCGUUCUACACCUUGUGGAAACGCUUCGGACUGAUUUGGUUUCUUCAGGCUAUAUUCUUGGGGAAACGGAAGAAGGGGUCGAGCUAGGCAAUGUACCCAAGAUCUCGAAAGCUGUGCUGCACUCUUCUUCCACGGAGGUUGUCAUAACCCCGUCCUUGGAUCUGCACGGUUUCCUCGCCUUGUUCUGCGGCAAGAACCUUCGUGUUGAGACGAUUGGCCUUUUUUUCACAAUGGCUGCACGUGCAUCACUCUUUUUUGUUGACCGCGACGAGGACAAGGAUGACCAGUUUGUUCAGGACAUGGUCUGGUAUAGCAAGCUGAGCUUACGACUGGCUCGUGACCUUGCACCCCAGUCAACAGACUUCAUCGUAUGGCUAGCAAAUGAAAACGCGCAGCUACUAUCAUUUCUUGAGGGAGAUGCGAGCCUCGCGGUGUGGCGAUUGGUAGGCGAUCUCGCGACAGACCUAUUAGCUUUGGGCUUGAAUCGAGAAGCGACAUAUGCUCCUGAAAGGACGCCAUUUUUCCUUGCAGAAUGCCGAAGAAGGUGUUUCGUUACCGAAUACUAUCUUGAAAAAAUGUUUGGCCUGGUCUUCAAUCUUCCUUCCCGAAUCACACCCCAAUUUGUCGACGUCAAUCUUCCACUUGACUUAUCAGAUGAAGAGAUAUUUGCUGAUACUCCCGAGGCAUUGGAGGAAGCAAAAAGUCGGUUGACGGAAGAUGGCUGGAAUACAGAUGGUAAACAUAGGGCGGCAACGUGGGCACGACUACGUUAUAUUCUGAGUCAGUUCCGGGAGGAGAUUGUUGAAUACCAAUUUCAAGGAUCACAGGCUGCGGACCCUUCCAAGCUUAGGGAUGUGUCUUUCCGUUGCCGCCAAACUUGGGACAAUUUACUUCCUCACCUGAGGUACAACCAGAACUGUUGGAAGUCUGAGAUACCUCUUACCGUUUGCUAUAUGCAUGCGAAGGUUCAUCUCGCCUACCUCCAAAUCCAUUUUCAGAUAUACCAUCUUCUUGGAGAAGAUAGCUCUUCUCCCCUCCCAGAGAUACUUGAUGUGUCUGCAAACAUGCUGGAGACAGUCGUACAGAUGGGAAAUUCUCGCGGUAAAGCCGCAUUCACGUUCACCGAUUUACCUGAAAUUCUUCUUUCCUGUGGCUUGUCCUCUGCUGCCGUUCUUUCUACGGCACUAGAAAAUAUGACCAAAGACCCACCGAGGAGUCUUACGCCCGGCAUCAAGACAUCGGCAAUCAUUCGGAACCUUUCCGUGCUAGCUUCGCAACUUGAGAGUGUAGCCAGUCCGCGGGAAAGAAAUCGAGCAUUUUGUUUGCAGGCUGCGAAAGCUAUCACGGAAAAGCUGGACAAGAUCUUGGAUAAAUUUGCAGCAAAUAACUCUCUGGCAACCCCCGACAUCACGACAAGCAAUGACCUCAGCCCGACGUCAAUUUUGACUCCCAAUAUCGGCUCCUCUUGCGGAUGGGGGGAGAUUGAUGCUAUCAAUCUGGAAGAUUACGAGAACUUUGAUAUGUUGUCUUGGGCUAUCAACGUUGACCUAGGGAGUACGGCCAGUGAUUGGACUAUGCUAUAA